CGGGCAGCGGGCGGGUCCUCCGGUGGGCGAGCGGCUGGUGCUGCAGAGGAAGAUGGCGUCGCGGAAGGAGAGGGUCGCUGUGCUGCUCCCGCGCCCGCUGUCCGUGCUGCUGCUGUUGCUGCUGCCUCUGCUGCUCGUGCCGCGGCCCGCGGCCGGCCAUGGUGGCAAGUACUCGCGAGAGAAGAACGAGCCCGAGCCUCCCGCCAAGCGCGAGCCCGGGGAGGAGUUCCGAAUGGAGAAGCUCAACCAGCUGUGGGAGAAGGCCCAGCGGCUGCAUCUGUCUCCUGUGAAGCUGGCCGAACUCCAUUCUGAUCUGAAGAUACAAGAAAGGGACGAACUCAGCUGGAAGAAGCUGAAGGCUGAAGGCUUAGACAAGGACGGGGAGAAGGAAGCAAAGCUGAGUCACAACCUUAACGUCAUCUUGGCCAGGUACGGACUAGAUGGGAGGAAAGACACCCAGGUGGUGCACAGCAAUGCACUGAGUGAUGACGUCCAGGAUGAGCUGGGGGACCCCAGGCUGGAGAAGCUGUGGCAUAAGGCAAAGACCUCAGGGAAAUUCUCCAGCGAGGAACUAGACAAGCUAUGGCGAGAGCUUCUGCACCACAAAGAAAAGGUUCAUGAGUACAACGUGCUGCUGGAUACGCUGACCAGAGCCGAAGAAGGUUAUGAGAACCUCCUUAGUCCCUCUGACAUGAGCCACAUCAAGAAUGACGUCCUGUACAGCAAGCACAGUGAGCUGAAGGACAGACUGCGCAGCAUCACCCAGGGCCUGGACCGCCUGAGGAAGGUCAGCCACCAGGGCUACAGCCCCACCGCUGAGUUUGAAGAGCCCCGAGUGAUAGAUCUGUGGGACCUGGCUCAGUCCGCCAACUUCACCGAGAAGGAGCUGGAGUCAUUUCGGGAGGAGCUCAAGCACUUUGAGGCCAAAAUUGAAAAGCAUAACCACUACCAGAAACAGCUGGAAAUUUCCCACCAGAAGCUGAAGCACGUGGAGAGCAUCGGUGACCGAGAGCACAUCAGCCACAACAAGGAAAAGUAUGCGCUGCUGGAGGAGAAGACCAAGGAGCUGGGCUACAAGGUGAAGAAGCACCUGCAGGACCUGUCCAGCAGGGUCUCAAGAGCACGGCACAAUGAGCUCUGAGGACCGGAGGCCACCAGCACCCAAGAGGCUCCCGAAGGCACCCGGAGUAUCGUCUGAGGACAUCAUCUACAUGGACAGAACUGUGGUGGCUGGCAUGGCUAGUGACAGUGACGUCGUGGGGAGGACCCUCUCACAUGCUGAUCUGGUCCUGCCUGCGGUUGACAGAGACUUCAUUUCUCUGUAGCAAAUGUGGGUGGCCAUCACCACCCUGGUGAGGACCUUGGUGCCGCUGCCAGUCAGGUGUCUGCCCUCCAUGCUGCGGGAACACGGUUUGCAUCAAGAUCCCUUAGUUCUGCCGCUGGAAAUGUUAUAUACAGAGUCCUAAAAAAUACAUGGCAGGAUUUCCAACUA